GCCGCAAUAACUGGCACAAGCUGAGAGACUCGAUUCUAACAAGGUCGUCGCAUUGUUAAUUAUCAAACGCUCCGGCCAUACGCGACCUCGCCGGCUUCUGGCCGCAACCCAUUAUUUACGCCACAGUCUUGGAAUUCAUGGACGCUUGACUGUCGCGACUGUUUUCUAUCCUACUCGCCCCAGAACUGUCGACAAAGAACUGCGAACACCGAUUUUGUCCUGGCGCGCAACAUCUCAAUCCCACCGCAGACCCUCUACACGUUCGCAUAUCACCGCGACCUAGUAAAUUACUCGACUGUUAAUAAUACCUUUGCGGCUCGUCAAAUGUAUGUAUCCCUCGAUGGCCACACGAGUUAGAUCAGACAGCCCUCAGGUCGAACCCUUUCCUCCUCUUGAAGUCCCUCACACGCCUACCUUAGCAUCUCAUUCUGCCUUUGCGAAAGACAACCACCACCUGUUCAAACCACGCGCUCCGGACUAUACCGCUGUCUCACCCAAAUCUCCGGCACGCUUCUCGCCCAGACCUCUUACAGGCGCUGCUGCUCAGGCUGAUGCCAGACGACUGCAACAACAACAGCAAAGUCACGAAUCGAGCCAAACUAGCGCAAAUCCCGCAGCCACCGCUCUGCAUGCCCUUAUGAGCGGCCCUGGAAUGUCCAAAGCCUCUGAUCUCGCCUCGCCAAAUUUUUCUCCUUCCAGUCAGAUGCGCAAACCGAGCACACACCUCACCGUGCCAGUAACGACAACCGCCGAGGCAUCUCAGCCUAGUCCCGUUAGCCUCAGAAGUUUCGGGGACUCAGAUGCCGUUUCACCCAAUGGUGCAAUGACGACAACUGCCCACGAGCACGCCCGGGAUACUCAAAUGGUCGCGGAGCCUGCAGAAAUGACUAGCAUGGACUAUCCAGAGCCCACCCGGGGAUAUAACUCUGCCUCCAGCGCUCAUCCUUCGCACAAAUCGUUCACAUAUCCUGGUCCAGCAUCCGUAGCAGCAGAGGCGGCCGCAGAAGGUCAGUCGAGAGCCUCUCCGUCGACCAAGCGGCACAAGUGUCCGUAUUGUGCGACUGAUUUCACACGUCAUCACAACCUCAAAAGUCAUUUGCUUACCCACAGCCAAGAGAAACCAUAUGUUUGCCAAACUUGUCAAUCACGCUUCAGAAGGCUGCAUGACUUGAAGCGACACACCAAGCUGCACACCGGCGAAAGACCACACAUCUGCGACAAAUGCGGCAGACGCUUCGCCCGUGGCGAUGCCUUGGCACGACACAAUAAAGGUCCUGGAGGCUGCGCCGGUCGCCGCUCCAGCUUCGGAGGUGAUGAUGACAGCAGAAUGGGUGACGAGGGCAUGGAUGGCAUGGAGUACACCGAUAAUGGCGAGAAUGGCCAUGACAUGGACGACGAGGACGAUAACCCGAGAAGAGAGAGCGAACCUAGUCGCAAGCGUGCUCAUAUCGAGGACUCGCACGAUCCUAACAGGUCCAUCUACCGCCAACACUCCAGCACCUACCCGCCGCCUCUGGCUAGCCGUACACAUAGGGGUAACAUGGGUCCCCCAAAUCAUCACAUCCUGCCAUCAUCUAACGCUGUAACUUCUCCGGGGGAAAUCACCAAUAUGAACCCGACAAGCAAUAUGGCACUAAACCCAUACGGUUCUACGCCCACCGUUGUGCUCGGAGAGGGCGGCAUCUCUCACUCGCCCAAGCCGCUGUCUCCCAAUCAACAGGAUCAACAUCGCCUUAGUAUAGCGGAAGCCACUAGCGCAAUGCGUAACAGAUCACCUAGCCUCACACAAAUACAACAGGCACACAAUGCGCGCAAUGGACAGGCCACUCCACCUGCCCCUCACCAGAUGUCGCAACACACUCAGCUUCCCUCACUGGCUGGACUCGCUUCUGGACAUUCAAUGAGGUUGCCAAUCCAAUCAGCAGCACACAAUUCAAUGCACAACAACAUGCAAUCCGGACCGAUGCAUGGAUCAAACCCUGGGAGCCUAUCAAGUCACGGGCACAGCUCGGGUGGCAGUAUGAGAGAAAUCGUUGGCGAUGGCAUCAAUGAUGUUUGGAACUACGUCAGAGCUCUGGAGCAACGAUUCUCUCGCAUGCAGGACGAAUACGAAUUGCGCAUAUCUCGUCUUCAGGAAGACCUGAUAGCCAUUAAAGGACAUCUUAGCUUCCAGCAACCACGCUGAGAAAGCGAGACUCCGUCUCAAACAUGACAAAUGACAAACAACAUGCCUUUAACGAACUUGGACUGUGAUGGCUCAACAAGGAAUAACAUACCUCAUGUGCACAUCUUCAGCUUUUUUCUUUCAUUUCCUUCUUAUACCCGUACACAUCUGUUGGGAUGUGAUGUUCUUCCUGUUACAGGCGGCGGAGUGGACGUCGUCCUUGCUCAAAGAGAAGGGUGUUUGCUGGCACACGGAGCUGCCACUGUCGUUAGCGAGGUACGAGGAUGUUCUCGAUUCUUAGUUGGACCGACAAAAGCGUCAAGAUUGCUCAACGUCACUAUGCUUUUGUUUGCUAUCUUUCCUGGCUCGGUGCUGCUCAUCGUUGACCAUAGAACCUUGCAGCAUAGAUAGCGUAAAAUGACAAUUGUGUUCGCGAA